UGCUACAACCUUCCCUCCUGCUACCGCCUUCCUGCCUGCUACAACAUGUAUUCCUGCUGCAACAUUUCCUCGUGCUACAACCUCCCAGUCACCUCCACGCUCUCACUCACCAGCAUCCUGCACAGAAGCUGCAGGCCCCCCAAUUUUUUCUCAGAGUGGAUCCUUCCAGGUGCCUUCCUUCCCUGCACAUAUCGGCAUGGCUGCCUUUGCCUCCAGUUUCUCUCCUGCUUCUGCUUCUACAGCUAAAUUUAGCUCCAGCCUCGCUCUUGCUGACCUCCCUUCCUCGCCUCUGCCCCAUUAUCGCCCACCCAGCUAUUAUCCACCUCUGCUUCACCCACCAGAGGCAUCAGCAGACGCGGAAGCAGCGGCAGCAGCACUGGCAGAAGCGGAAGUAUCAGCAGGGGAUCCAACAGCCAGUCUCAUUAUGCCAAUGGACCAACUAAAGCAGCAGCUAAUUGAGCAGAUGAAACAGCAGCAGCAGCUACAUUGCCAGGAGCAACAACAGAUGUGGCAGCUGGAGCACCACCAGAAGCAGCAGCAGCAGCAGCAGCAGCAUCAGAAGCAGCCGCAACAGACGCAAGAUCAGCAACAUCAACCGCAGCAGCAGCCUCAGCAGCACCAACAGUGGCAGAAACGACACCAUCAGCAAGAGAAGCAGCAGCAGCAGCAACAACAGCAAGGUCAGCUGCAGCAGAAACAACAACAGCAACAACAAGAACAGCAGCAGCAGCAGCAGCAGCAGCAGCAGCAGCAAUAUCAACAUCAACAGCAGCAGCACCCUCAGCAGCGACAACAGUGGCAGCAACAACACCAUCAGCAAGAGAAGCAGCAGCAGCAGCAGCAACAGCAACAGCAACAGCAACUGCAGCAGCAGCAACAACAGCAGCAGCAACACCAACACCAACACCAACAACAGCAGCAGCAGCAACAGAAACAUCAACAGCUGCACCAACAACAGUGGCAGCAACGAGACCGUCAGCAUGAGAAGCAGCAGCAGCAGAAGCAGCAGCAGCAGCAGCAGCAGCAGCAGCAGCAGCAGCAGCAGCAGCAGCAGCAGCAGCAGCAGCAGCAGCAGCAAGCAACAACAACAACAACAACAACAACAACAACAACAACAACAACAACAACAACAACAACAACAACAACAACAGUGGCGGCAGCAACAGCAACAGCAGCACCAGCACCACAACAACAACAUCAGCAUCAGCAGCCUCAGAAGCAACAGCAGAAGUACAGCAGCAAAAGCACCAGCUGCACCAUCAGCAACAGCAGCAGCAGCAUUGGCAGCAGCAGCAAUAUCAGCAGCAGAAGCUACAGCAGAUACAGCAGCAACAGCAGCAACAACAGCAGGAGCAGCAGCAGAAACAGCAGCAUCAGGAACAGCAACAACAGCUGCAGCAGCGGCAGCAAUGGCAGCAGCUGCAGCAGCAGCAACAGCAGCAGCAAUAUGUGGCCUCAUGUCCCACCUGGAUUACUGCAACCGUUAGAACUGCCCACAAAACCCUGGACGCACGUGUCCAUGGACUUCAUGACAGGAUUGCCAGCUGGCGCAUCCCAAAAUGAUGCUGUACUCAUGGUCGUUGAUCGACUCACAAAAAUGGCUCAUUUCAUGCCAUGUCGAACGACAAUCACAGCGAGCAAACUGCCAAGCUCUUCAUCUCAACCGUCAUUCGCCUGUUUGGAAUCCCGAAGGCAAUCGAGAGGGGGGGAAGGAGAGGGGGGGAAGGAGAGGGGGGGGGAGGGGGGGAAGGAGAGGGGGGGAAGGAGAGGGGGGAAGGAGGGGGGGGGGGGGGAAGGAGAGGGGGGGAAGGAGAGGGGGGAAGGAGAGGGGGGAAGGAGAGGGGGGGAAGGAGAGGGGGGGAAGGAGAGGGGGGGAAGGAGAGGGGGGGAAGGAGAGGGGGGGAAGGAGAGGGGGGAAGGAGAGGGGGGAAGGAGAGGGGGGGAAGGAGAGGGGGGGAAGGAGAGGGGGGAAGGAGAGGGGGGAAGGAGGGGGGGAAGGAGAGGGGGGAAGGAGAGGGGGGGAAGGAGAGGGGGGAAGGAGAGGGGGGGAAGGAGAGGGGGGGAAGGAGAGGGGGGGAAGGAGAGGGGGGGAAGGGAGGGGGAAGGGGGGGGGGAAGGAGAGGGGGGGAAGGAGAGGGGGGAAGGAGAGGGGGGGAAGGAGAGGGGGGAAGGAGAGGGGGGGAAGGAGAGGGGGAAGGAGGGGAGGGGGGGAAGGAGAGGGGGGGAAGGAGAGGGGGGAAGGAGAGGGGGGAAGGAGAGGGGGAAGGAGAGGGGGGAAGGAGAGGGGGGAAGGAGAGGGGGGAAGGAGAGGGGGGAAGGAGAGGGGGGAAGGAGAGGGGGGGAAGGAGAGGGGGGAAGGAGAGGGGGGAAGGAGAGGGGGGAAGGAGAGGGGGGAAGGAGAGGGGGAAAGGAGAGGGGGAAAGGAGAGGGGGGAAAGGAGAGGGGGGAAAGGAGAGGGGGGAAAGGAGAGGGGGGAAAGGAGAGGGGGGAAAGGAGAGGGGGAAAGGAGAGGGGGGAAAGGAGAGGGGGGAAAGGAGAGGGGGAAAGGAGAGGGGGGAAAGGAGAGGGGGGAAAGGAGAGGGGGGAAAGGAGAGGGGGGGAAGGAGAGGGGGAAAGGAGAGGGGGGGAAGGAGAGGGGGGAAGGAGAGGGGGGAAGGAGAGGGGGGAAGGAGAGGGGGGAAGGAGAGGGGGGAAGGAGGGGGGAAGGAGAGGGGGGAAGGAGAGGGGGGAAGGAGAGGGGGGGAAGGAGAGGGGGGGAAGGAGAGGGGGGAAGGAGAGGGGGGGAAGGAGAGGGGGGGAAGGAGAGGGGGGGAAGGAGAGGGGGGGAAGGAGAGGGGGGAAGGAGAGGGGGGAAGGAGAGGGGGGAAGGAGGCAUGGCCUGCCGCAUGACUGAUGGCAUGGCCUGCCGCAUGGCU